CCGAGCUCAGCCCUACACAUCUCCUCUUGCAUGCAACUCCCCGAGAGGGAGAGGCGAGCGUGUCCUCCCCUCUCUGGCAGCCGCCAGCAUCUCAAGCCACCGCGGACCUGCUUUUCACACCUCUGACACCCCCCUCCCUUCUUCCCCGCCACUCCCUCCCAGAGAGAGAGAGAAAAGAAAAAGGAGACAGAAAGAUUCUGGAAUUUGAACCUUCCCAAAGAGGAAACAUACCCAGCAAAGUCAGUUGACUAAACAUCAAACAAACAAACAGAUCCCAAAUCUUCUGUUCAACUGGAAAGGUCCUUUUCUGGAGUCCUGGGAGGCAGGUUAUGGGCAGGACUGCCUCUGGCCCGCACCAUGAAGCCUGAAGCUGCUUCGGCUCUGCCCUGGGCCCUGCUGUGCCUGAGCACUCAGCCUUGGGCUGCCCUGCUCCCUGCAGCCCCCCACUGCUAGGCGGUAAAACCUCAGGGCUGGUCUUUGGCCUGUUUCUGCGUUUCACCUGCCUCACCUCACUGCUGACGCCUCCUCCAUCACGGCACCCCCACCCCAGCCCUCUCCCCGGCCUCCUUGGCUGGGGUGUGUGGGGGUCCACCGGGAGGAGCACAUUGCUGAAGGCUUCCACCCGCCGUGUACCUUCACCUCCUCCUCGAAUCAAGGCCUCCGGAUCCACAUGGAUAGCUGAGAUCUUUUCUUGGAGAAAGACACUGCUCCUGACACUAGUCCCCCACUCUCCCACCUGACUCCCCCCCUCCCCUUCUGGUGCCCUGCCUUUUCCCUCUGCCUUUUUAUUGAAUUUCUUGCUUGUGCGCCCGUCUGGGGCCGUCUUGUUCACUUUCCUUCUUCCUCACCCUCUGGAUAUUUGUGUGUGUGCCUCCUUCAUCUCGUCUCUUGUGCUCUCUGUCCCCUGGCCUGUCUCCUCUUCUCUCCCUUCCGCUGCCAAGGGGGAUCGUCCCCUGAGGGCCGUUCCCUGCCAGUCUGCUCCUCUGGGCUCAGACCUGGCAGCCACGAUGAGCUUUCCCGUGCAAUCGGUUUUCUUCACCCUGAAGGUGAGCGUCCUGCUGGGGUCGCUGCUGGGCCUCUGCCUGGGCCUCGAGCUCAUGGGCCUCCCCAACCAGUGGGCCCGCUACCUCCGCUGGGAUGCCAGCACACGCAGCGACCUGAGCUUCCAGUUCAAGACCAACGUCUCCACGGGGCUGCUCCUUUACCUGGAUGAUGGUGGCGUCUGUGACUUCCUCUGCCUUUCCCUGGUGGAUGGCCGCGUGCAGCUCCGCUUCAGCAUGGACUGUGCAGAGACCUCUGUGCUGUCCAACAAGCAGGUGAAUGACAGCAGCUGGCACUUUGUCAUGGUGAGCCGCGACCACCUGCGCACGGUGCUGGUGCUUGAUGGCGAGGGCCAGGCGGCCGAGCUACAGCCCCAGCGGCCCUACAUGGAUGUGGUCAGUGACUUGUUCCUUGGAGGAAUCCCCUCGGACAUACGACCUUCUGCCCUGACCCUUGAUGGAGUACAGGCCAUGCCGGGCUUCAGAGGAUUAAUCCUGGAUCUCAAGUAUGGCAACUCAGAGCCUCGGCUUCUGGGGAGCCAGGGUGUCCAGUUGGACGCCGAGGAACCCUGUGGCGAGCGUCCCUGUGAAAAUGGUGGGAUCUGCUUUCUCCUGGAUGGCCACCCUACCUGUGACUGUUCUACCACUGGCUAUGGUGGCAAGCUCUGCUCAGAAGAUGUCAGUCAAGGUCCAGGCCUCUCCCACCUCAUGAUGAGUGAACAAGGUAGAAGUAAAGCUCGAGAGGAGAAUGUGGCCACUUUUCGAGGCUCAGAGUACCUGUGCUACGACCUGUCUCAGAACCCUAUCCAGAGCAGCAGUGAUGAAAUCACCCUCUCCUUUAAGACCUGGCAGCGGAACGGGCUCAUCCUGCACACGGGCAAGUCGGCUGAUUAUGUCAACCUGGCUCUGAAGGAUGGUGCGGUCUCCUUGGUCAUUAACCUGGGGUCCGGGGCCUUUGAGGCCAUUGUGGAGCCAGUGAAUGGAAAAUUCAACGACAACGCCUGGCACGAUGUCAAAGUGACACGCAACCUCCGGCAGCACUCAGGCAUCGGACACGCUAUGGUGACAAUCUCUGUGGAUGGCAUCCUUACCACGACAGGCUACACCCAAGAGGACUACACCAUGCUGGGCUCUGAUGACUUCUUCUACGUGGGAGGAAGCCCGAGUACCGCUGACUUGCCAGGCUCACCUGUCAGCAACAACUUUAUGGGCUGCCUUAAAGAGGUUGUUUAUAAGAAUAAUGACAUCCGUCUGGAGCUGUCUCGCCUGGCCCGGAUCGGGGAUACCAAGAUGAAAAUCUAUGGUGAAGUUGUAUUCAAGUGUGAGAAUGUGGCCACCCUGGACCCCAUCAACUUCGAGACCCCAGAGGCAUAUAUCAGUUUGCCCAAGUGGAACACCAAACGCAUGGGUUCCAUCUCCUUUGACUUCCGCACCACUGAGCCCAAUGGCCUGAUCCUAUUCACUCAUGGCAAGCCCCAAGAGAGGAAGGAUGCUCGGAGCCAGAAGAACACCAAGGUGGAUUUCUUUGCUGUAGAACUCCUCGAUGGCAACUUGUACCUACUGCUUGACAUGGGCUCAGGCACCAUCAAAGUGAAGGCCACUCAGAAGAAAGCCAAUGAUGGGGAAUGGUACCAUGUGGACAUUCAGCGAGAUGGCAGAUCAGGUACCAUAUCAGUGAACAGCAGGCGCACGCCAUUCACCGCCAGCGGGGAGAGCGAGAUCCUGGACCUGGAGGGGGACAUGUACCUGGGCGGGCUGCCUGAGAACCGAGCUGGCCUCAUCCUCCCCACAGAGCUCUGGACUGCCAUGCUCAACUACGGCUACGUGGGCUGCAUCCGUGACCUGUUCAUCGACGGGCGCAGCAAGAACAUCCGGCAGCUGGCGGAGAUGCAGAACGCAGCAGGCGUCAAGUCCUCCUGUUCACGGAUGAGCGCCAAGCAGUGCGACAGCUACCCCUGCAAGAACAACGCUGUGUGCAAGGACGGCUGGAACCGCUUCAUCUGUGACUGCACAGGCACCGGGCACUGGGGAAGGACCUGUGAGAGGGAGGCGUCCAUCUUGAGCUACGAUGGCAGCAUGUACAUGAAGAUCAUCAUGCCCAUGGUCAUGCACACCGAGGCAGAGGAUGUGUCCUUCCGCUUCAUGUCCCAGCGAGCUUAUGGGCUGCUGGUGGCUACUACCUCCAGGGACUCUGCAGACACCCUGCGUUUGGAGCUGGAUGGGGGGCGAGUCAAGCUCAUGGUUAACUUAGACUGUAUCAGGAUAAACUGUAACUCCAGCAAAGGACCUGAGACCCUGUAUGCGGGGCAGAAGCUCAAUGACAAUGAAUGGCACACUGUCCGGGUGGUGCGCAGAGGAAAAAGCCUUAAGUUAACUGUGGAUGAUGAUGUGGCUGAGGGUACGAUGGUGGGGGACCAUACCCGCUUGGAAUUCCACAAUAUCGAAACUGGAAUCAUGACUGAGAAACGUUACAUCUCCGUUGUCCCAUCCAGUUUCAUUGGCCACUUGCAGAGCCUCAUGUUCAACGGCCUGCUCUACAUAGACCUGUGCAAAAAUGGCGACAUUGAUUACUGUGAGUUGAAGGCUCGUUUUGGACUGAGGAACAUUAUUGCUGACCCUGUCACCUUCAAGACCAAGAGCAGUUACCUGAGCCUGGCCACUCUUCAGGCCUACACGUCCAUGCACCUCUUCUUCCAGUUCAAGACCACCUCAGCAGAUGGCUUCAUUCUCUUCAAUAGUGGUGAUGGCAAUGACUUCAUUGCAGUCGAACUGGUCAAGGGGUAUAUACACUACGUAUUUGACCUUGGGAAUGGUCCCAACGUGAUCAAAGGCAACAGUGAUCGCCCCCUGAAUGACAACCAGUGGCACAACGUCGUCAUCACCCGAGACAACAGUAACACCCAUAGCUUGAAAGUGGACACUAAAGUCGUCACCCAAGUUAUCAAUGGUGCCAAAAAUCUGGAUUUGAAAGGUGAUCUCUACAUGGCAGGUCUGGCCCAAGGCAUGUACAGCAACCUUCCAAAGUUGGUGGCUUCCCGGGAUGGCUUUCAGGGCUGUCUGGCCUCAGUAGAUUUGAAUGGGCGCCUGCCAGACCUCAUCAACGAUGCCCUCCAUCGGAGUGGACAGAUCGAGCGUGGCUGUGAAGGACCAAGUACCACCUGCCAGGAAGAUUCAUGUGCCAACCAGGGAGUCUGCAUGCAGCAGUGGGAAGGCUUCACUUGUGACUGUUCCAUGACCUCGUAUUCUGGAAACCAGUGCAAUGAUCCUGGCGCUACAUACAUCUUUGGGAAAAGCGGAGGCCUCAUCCUCUACACCUGGCCAGCCAACGAUCGGCCCAGCACUCGCUCUGACCGCCUGGCCGUGGGUUUCAGCACCACCGUGAAGGAUGGCAUCUUGGUGCGCAUUGACAGUGCUCCGGGCCUCGGUGACUUCCUACAGCUUCACAUAGAACAGGGGAAAAUUGGAGUUGUCUUCAAUAUUGGCACAGUUGACAUCUCUAUCAAGGAGGAGCGAACCCCUGUAAAUGAUGGUAAAUACCACGUGGUGCGCUUCACCAGGAACGGCGGCAAUGCCACACUCCAGGUGGACAACUGGCCAGUGAAUGAGCACUAUCCCACAGGCAACACUGAUAAUGAACGCUUCCAAAUGGUAAAACAGAAAAUCCCCUUCAAAUAUAACCGGCCCGUAGAGGAGUGGCUGCAGGAAAAAGGCCGGCAGUUAACCAUCUUCAACACCCAGGCGCAAAUAGCCAUCGGUGGAAAAGACAAAGGACGUCUCUUCCAAGGCCAGCUCUCUGGGCUCUAUUACGAUGGUUUGAAAGUACUGAACAUGGCAGCUGAGAAUAACCCUAAUAUUAAAAUCAAUGGAAGUGUCCGACUGGUGGGAGAAGUCCCUUCAAUCUUGGGAACAACACAGACGACCUCCAUGCCACCAGAAAUGUCUACUACAGUCAUGGAAACCACCACUACAAUGGCUACUACCACAACCCGCAAAAAUCGCUCUACAGCAAGCAUUCAGCCAACAUCAGAUGACCUUGUUUCAUCUGCUGAAUGUUCAAGCGAUGAUGAAGACUUCAUUGAAUGUGAGCCGAGUACAGGAGGUGAAUUAGUUAUCCCUCUUCUUGUAGAAGACCCUUUAGCUACCCCUCCUAUUGCUACUCGUGCACCUUCCAUUACACUCCCCCCUACCUUUCGCCCCCUCCUCACCAUUAUUGAGACCACCAAAGAUUCCCUGUCCAUGACCUCUGAGGCGGGGUUACCUUGCUUGUCGGACCAAGGCAGCGAUGGUUGUGAUGAUGAUGGCUUGGUGAUAUCUGGGUAUGGCUCAGGGGAAACCUUUGACUCUAACCUGCCCCCUACUGAUGAUGAAGAUUUUUACACCACCUUCUCCUUGGUAACAGAUAAGAGUCUUUCCACUUCAAUCUUCGAAGGUGGCUACAAAGCACAUGCGCCCAAGUGGGAAUCCAAGGACUUUAGACCUAACAAAGUCUCCGAAACUAGUAGGACUACUACCACAUCUUUGUCCCCUGAGCUGAUCCGCUUCACAGCUUCCUCCUCGUCUGGGAUGGUGCCCAAAUUGCCAGCUGGCAAAAUGAAUAACCGUGAUCUCAAACCCCAGCCUGAUCUAGUCUUGCUUCCGUUGCCCACUGCCUAUGAGCUAGACAGCACCAAACUGAAGAGCCCACUAAUUACUUCCCCCAUGUUCCGUAAUGUGCCCACAGCAAACCCCACGGAGCCGGGAGUCAGACGGGUUCCGGGGGCCUCAGAGGUGAUCCGGGAGUCGAGCAGUACAACAGGGAUGGUCGUCGGCAUUGUGGCUGCUGCUGCCCUCUGCAUCUUGAUCCUCCUGUACGCCAUGUACAAGUACAGGAACAGGGACGAGGGGUCCUAUCAAGUGGACGAGACGCGGAACUACAUCAGCAACUCGGCCCAGAGCAACGGCACGCUCAUCAAGGAGAAGCAGCAGAGCUCGAAGAGCGGCCACAAGAAGCAGAAAAACAAGGACAAGGAGUAUUAUGUGUAAAAACAACAAACAAACAAAAACAAAAAACAAAAAACAAAACGACACCGCUAACAAUCACGCGAGUUUGUGACACAGAAUUAUUUAUAUGUGAAUCUAUCACACGCGCUUGGAAAAGGAGAUGCCACAGAUGUCAGAACUGUCAUCACUACGAGAUGGGGUGUACCAUGACUACGGUGGGGAAAAACCAUUUUUAAGAGGACAACACGCGCGCGCACGCAAAGAUGUACCUACCUACAGAGUUCGGCUAUGGCUGCUUGGACUUCAGUCAUCGCUCGGAGACAGGACAUUCUCUCUGCCCUGCUGUAUCAUAAAGCACACACUUUGCGCUCUGGAGCAAGCAGAUGGCUCCCCCACUUUCGCGGACUUGGAAGCUUCCUUCUCUUGAGGACUUUUCACCCAAGGUAGAAGACUUCAUGGCUUACUUGUUCCAUAACUCCAAGUGAGUCUGUAAUGAUCUUUGUGAAGCUUGACUGUAACAAUGUUCUCUCUCUCUCUCUCUUUUUCUUUUUUUUUUUCCUUUUUUUUUUCCUUUGGGUUUAAUUAUGUAAAAAACAAAAACAAAAAAAAAUUUAAAAAAUUAAAAACAAACAAACAAACAAACAAACAAAAAAAAACCCACCCUUAUCUGGUUUUGGCCAGUGUACAUGUAACUUUUCAAGAUCUGAGGGGAAAAGAAAAAAAUGGCUUUUGGGUUUUUGUUUAUUUUUUUGAGAAUGACUGGACAUAAUGAAGAAGAAAAAACAAACAAAAACAAAAAAACUCAGAAAAUGAAAGUAAGAGAGACUAUUGCCAUAUGAACUCAAAAGCUACCAUGGUGUUCACUCUACAUAUCAGGUUGUGGUAUUUCUAGAAUCUGUUGUUUGUUUCCUAUACGAUGCUUUGCUGAACACAUAGCAAAAUCACAUGAUGGAUGAUAGCAUUGAUUUGAAAAGCUGGUCCCUCAGGAUCUAAUUUCAGAAUUUGCCACCCAAACCCUGAACAGAUGGGUUUAGGGCUGGUUACAUCAGAGCUAUUGGCUUUACUUAACAAUAUUGUUCCUGUUCAUUAGCCCAGCCAAAUUGUGGUGAAGGAGAAAGCCCCACAAACUAAAACACAGCCUUUCCUAGGGAAGGUGAAGAGGGGGUGGGCUGGAUCUGUGACUGAUUGAAAUGCAUGUAAAUGUAAAAGACAAGACAAUACUGUAAGUCUGUUAAAGAAUCAAAACAGACAGUAGGGGAGUUCAACGUGUGAUGGAACCACGAAAGGUCACACAAGCCAAACACGGCAUGACAGAGUGCAAAAUACAUAGUUCUUCCCCCGCCCCCAACAUGAUGUUUUUCAUAGUGGUUUAAUUUUGUAGCCUGACACUUAUGGAUAACUCUGUCCUUCCAUUUGCUCACAUCUCCCUUCACCCAUCUUUUCUAAAAACAAAUAAAUAAAUAAUAAACGAAUAAAGCUGCUGUGACACACAAAAAAGGAAUUUAAUAGUAUAAUAUAUAUAUAAAUAAAUAUAUAUACAGAUAUAUUUAUCAUGGUAUGUUUGAUGGGAUGACUGAAACAGGAAAACUGUUAAAGUCUUGAAGUGGAAUGAGAAUGUUGUUUUAAAAGAAAAUAACAAAACAACAAAAAAGUAAACCUUAAAAUGUGAAGAAAGUGUGAGUUUUAGUUUUGUCACAGUUAACUGUGUCAAAGAGAAUAAACAAUCUUCUCAGAUUUUGUUUACAUAUUUUACUACAUUUUUGCUGGUAUAAUUCCUUAGCCACCUAUGUACAUACUGCUUUAAGAACUGUUCUUUCCUUUAUAUUGGUUUGUUUCUGUUUGUUUGGUUGAUAUUCCAGUUGUCUGUCUUUUCUUUUUGAAAAGAGGAAACAAUGUACAGAAUAACUAACUGGUUGUGUGGCCAUAGCGAUCCAAAAAGCAAGAGACAAAGCAAGACAAAUAUUCACACAAAAAUGAAGUACGUCUUCUGGAGGGUCCGAUAUAUACAAUUUCUUUUGUACAGAUGAAAACCAAUCAGCUGUUUAGAUUUAGAAAUCUACUCUUGCUGGUCUUUGUCAGUUGCAUGAAUAUUUGAGAAAUAUCUUAAAACACGAGGCAAAAAGCGCAAUCUAAACGAUGGUAGCCUUUACUAAUGUGUAUGGAAAGGUGUUCCUCAUUACCUGAUAUUUAAAUGUGUUACAAUUUUUGGAUUUUUUUUUGUUGUUGUCAUUAAAAAAGACAGGAUUAUAAAGAGAUAUCAAAGCACGAUUUUAGAUAACUUAAAUGGCCCAACCUAUAUGAAGUUGAUUAUAUCUCGAUGUCUGUAAAAGAUUGCUGUUUUUGGAGUCUUGAGGUCUUGUGAACUGAUUUCCUGCUUUCUUUCUUUACAUUUUUUUUAUUUGAGUAAAAAUACAUUUGUUAUAUUCCUUUUAGUGUAAGUUUCUAUUUGGACAAUUUUAUGGGAACAUGUGCAUUCUGUAUGUGAGCUUCUAUCAUAUUCCUGUUGUUUUAUGAGCAGACUCUUAAGGAAUUUAUUUUAUGAUGUUGUGAAGUUACUGCUUUUUUCUUUUUCCUUUCUCUUUUAUUUCAUAUUUGCAUUUUCGUUCAAGGAUAUGCUUAGCAAUAAAAUGUUCUUCCCAAAACCUUG